AUACAGGGGGCGGUAGACGUCAAGAGACUGAAGCUCGCUCAGAAUCAUCUCAUUCCUCUGCAGAUUUGUUUGUGUGAAUACGUGGAAACUAGCCACAAGGCACCUCCACUACAGAAACUCACCGAAUUCCACUUACGGGACAGCCUAGUGCGUGUAUGUCCGGUGACAGUGGGACGACACCCCCGCGGACGUGGACGUGGUCAGUCGGCGUGUCCCGACCCAGUUGACGGACGGCUGAGCAGUCCUAUGAUACCUCCGCAACAUUUUCACCCGUUUUCUCCUCACAACAACGCCGCGCGGCCAACUUUUGACACGUUCACGCCACUAAGUCGCUGGGAAGUUGAAGACACCGCCAACAUGUCCGUGGCAGGCUUGAAGAAGCAGUUUUAUAAAGCGAGCCAGAUGGUGAGUGAGAAAGUUGGCGGUGCUGAAGGAACCAAACUUGAUGAUGACUUCAGAGAUCUGGAGCGGAAAGUGGACGUGACCAGUAAAGCUGUCGCAGAGGUGAUCUCCAAAACAUCAGAAUAUCUCCAGCCCAACCCUGCUUCGAGGGCUAAACUAUCCAUGUUGAACACCAUGUCUAAAAUCCGCGGUCAGGUGAAGAACCCCGGCUACCCCCAGGCCGAGGGGCUUCUGGGAGAAUGCAUGACCAAGUAUGGAAGGGAACUUGGAGAGGAGACUAACUUUGGCGGAGCGCUCGUGGAAGUCGGGGAAGCCAUGAAGAGAAUGGCAGAAGUCAAAGACUCACUAGACAUUGACGUCAAACAGAACUUCAUCGAUCCAUUGCAAGGCCUCUGCGACAAGGACCUCAGAGAGAUUCAGCACCACCUCAAAAAGCUGGAAGGUCGCCGUUUGGACUACGACUACAAAAAAAAGCGUCAGGGCAAAAUUCCGGAUGACGACAUCCGACAGGCCCUGGAGAAGUUUCACGAAUCGAAGGAAGUUGCAGAGACGAGCAUGUACAACCUGCUAGAGACCGACAUUGAGCAGGUGAGCCAGCUUUCGUCUCUGGUGGAGUCCCAGCUGCAGUACCACCGGCAGGCAGUUCAGGUCCUGGAUGAGCUGUCCGAGAAGCUUGGAGAACGGAUGAAUGAAGCCCAGUCCCGACCAAGACGCGAAUACACGCCCAAGCCCAAACCUUUGUUUGACUUCGGAGAAGACAACCACUCCAACGGGGGCUACUCCACCUCAAUGGCCCCGCCGCCUUCUCGCAACUCAGCCCCGGAGCAGCCCAGCUGCAAGGCGCUGUACGACUUCGAGCCGGAGAACGAGGGCGAACUGGGCUUCCGAGAGGGCGACAUCAUCACGCUGACCAAUCAGAUCGACGAGAACUGGUACGAGGGGAUGCUCAACGGCCAUUCGGGAUUUUUCCCCCUCAACUACGUGGAGGUGCUGGUUCCUUUGCCCCGCUAAGGCAGGAGGGCGAGCGGGAGGGCGGGUAGCGAGCGAGGCCUCGGACAGACGUGGUCAACACUAGGACGAUGGACUCUUGAAACCUCCCUCGAUUUUUAGACCGUGACAAAGCUCAGGUUGACUCAGUGCUCCCCCCCCCCCCGAUUCAAAUCUGAGUGCCUCAGUGAUGACCCCUGCUGGCCACUCUGACAAUUGCCUUUUUAUCUGACUGAGGUAUGUAACCACACCAUCGCAGCCCGCCGCUUUUUAGUUCACAACCAAUGACACCUGUGGAAAGCUGCUUGAGCAUUUAUUCCGUAUGCCUGAUAUCUGACUUAACAUCCAGGAUCUAGUACAGCCUUUUCCCUUACCAGUAAGACAAGUGCGCUGGUUUUUUCCACGACUGUCUUUGAAUAUCAAGGAUAUCAAAUAAAUGCCAAGCCGUUUGUGCAUUUAUUCGAUAACCUUGAUAUCCAGCUUAAGGUCCAUAUGCGAGUACACUCUUUCUCCUCACUCGUCAGACAAUUAAGCAUACUUGUAGAAAGAAUACCUUUUCCACUACAAGUUCCACUUUUGGCCUACUAGUACACAUUUAAGCCUUACUACUCCGCUGCACUCGUAACUACUAGGCCCAACUAGUAGGCAUGUUUCACGCACAAGUAGCCUCGUCGCUGUGGAGGCUUUGUAGAGAACUGUAUGUGUGAAUAAUUGACUGUAAAGGGCAGUCCAGAUUGCCACCUCUCACAACUUUGUGUCGCCGAGGAAGCGGGAAUUAAUAAGGCAGGUGGUGAGUAAAGAGGCGGCAGAUACGUUCUCUCCAAACGUAUGGCUGCGUCUGUGGGCGUGGUCUGUGAGACUCCCUCCACAAACGGCGAAGGAGCCGAAAAGCCAGCGUCGCAAAAAACUCCGCAUCUCUUACCCUCCCUCGACCGUCACAAGCAGGACCCACUUAAGAGUCAAAUAAUACAAAAUGUUUAAAAAACAUAUUAACAUACUUUUGUGCACUCCUUAUCAAGGAUAUAUCAAAUAGAUGCCCUUCUAGAAAGGCUUUCUUGAUAUCCAUGUUAAGGGCCAUGACCUCGUAGGCUCUUCGUCCUCAUUAGUAAGACACACACUAGUUAGUAGGGUGCGCUGUGUUGCUGUCAUCACGGGCCUUUUUUUGAUCCGGCUGUUGUUGUGCCCAUUGCUCAAACCCUCUGUCCUGUUUUCUCUCUCUCUCUCUCUCUCUACCCUCUGUCCCUCUACUUCAAACCAUUUCAACUCAACAAUUCAGCUCACUAGUAGAAUGACUAUCUUACUAGGAAUUUAGUUUCCAUUCUUUCUGCCACUUUUGGCCCAAUACUAUGCAGUUAAACCCUACUACUAAACCACUAUGUUGCACUUGUGACACUAGGACUAGGAUGCACUAGUCUCCUGGACGCUACUAGCAGCACCAAAAUGCCCACUAGUUGCGUUACCUCACUAGAACAAGUAUUUGUCCUACUAGUAUGACAGUGUGUAGAAUAAUCAUACAGUUGUGGAAAAAACUCUUACUAGCAAGAUGGUCUUUAUUCGUGUGCUGAAUUGUAGUCAAGAGAAAGGGCGUUACUAGUACAUGGACCAAUCAAAGGAUACGGGAUUAAAUGCUCCAAGGACUUUCCACAGCCACUUUGCCUUCAGUGUGUUGUCUUUUAAAGCUUUAGUCUCCAGUGUUUUUUAAAAGUAUCUGAGUGGUGCCGGUUUCACUCGACACGUGCACGUUGUCCAUUUUGUUUCACUGUGCGUCCUGACCCGUUGUAGAGCCCGCGUAACCCACGCAGUGCCUGAAAGGACGACGACGACGACGCUGCAGGCAGCGCUUUCGUCUUUCUGUUCGGAAUGUGAAACUCCCGCGUCCCACUAUAGUUAUUGGGGAAAGUCGAAAGGUCCCCCUGGUGUCCUUCACUCUGCUACCUAUCGGCUUUUUGACUGUUUUUGGUGCAUUUUGACUUAAUACAAGUGGAACGACCCAAAAGUGGUGCAAAGUUGGAGUUCAACCACGCCCCCAAAAUAUUUUGUUUGUGUGGUGGGGAAAAAAGUGUGACGAGAACCACAGUACAUGAAAUGGAACUUUCUGCCCCGUCGGAAAGGGUGUGCUCAGUACAUCAGCAGUUCAAAUUCCCCUCGUGCGGGGGAUACGUAUCGUUCCAGACCUACUUACGGUCGGUAAAAAUUUGCGUUAUAGCGGCCGUAGACCAUGUCAAAAAAGAAAUCCUUUUUCAUAAUUUGACCACUCGUAUAUAUUUAAACGUAACGUAUUUAAACAGCAAAAUCUUCAACCAAACCAUGUCAUUUUGUUUUAGGAAAGUCCAUUAGCUGAAUGCUAAAUUAUGAUGCGAAGGGCCGUAGACGUUCGAACAAAAGUUAGCAUUGACGUUGCAAUAAUAUACCUUAUGCACGGCAAUGCUUGAAGCAUUUUCAGUGUAAAGGUCAGAUGACAAAACAGUUUCCGCUGUCAGUAUUUUACUGGGAUGCCAUCUGCAAAUAGGCAAAUUCGCCAAUACUGAGCCACAAAUAGGCAUGGUUCACAUAAAUAACAUGAUUUCUUAUAGGCAGAACAGAUUGUGUUCCACUGUACACGAAUCCAUUUGCGUAUAGUUGAGGACUCCAACAACGGUCAAAGGGAAAACCUCAAGGGAAUGCUUUGAUAUGCAAUGUUUCGUUAACAUUUGUCUCUCUCUCUUUUUUUGAAAUCAGUGUUUGUCCGUUUAUCGCCCCCAGAACCAUUCUGCCUGUGUUUUGGACCUUGUCUAAUAUGUUUACACGUGGUAGGUAUCCUAGCACUGUGGAUGGAGUUUUAGUUGUUUAAAAAAAAAAGAAAGAAAAAAAAAAACAGACUUGUUUUGGAACAGGGAAGGUGGGAAACUUAUCAUGGUCGCUUGGUCGCUACUUAACAAAUGAGCCACAAUUUAUUUUCAAUUUUAACCCGUGGCACUUUUGCAGCACAUUUACAACACUACAGGCCGUUUCCUCACACACACGCACGCACGCAUACAUGCACAUGUGGCAAACUUUUUUUUUUCUUUUUUUUUUUUAAGAUAGGUUUCAAAAAGUCCCAUUCAUUUCCUGAAUGUAAAGUGCUAUGUUUUGUUUAGUAUGUCUUAAAUAUUCCACUGAAUCGUAUUAAACAUAUUCAGCCUCGCAGUAGUAUUAUUUUUAUAUCCAAACCCAUUUAAAAAAUGCAUUUAGUCCUUUAUUAUAUUAAUUAUUGUUGUACCCUGUAAAUGUUAGAUAUGUCACCCUUGUACUUUUGGUAUGAAAACUGAACAAUACCUUUGUCCUUUAUGAUCAAUAUUUGUAUGUGCUUCUUUCCUGACCCUCUCCCCACUUACAAUAAACAAAAGACAAAACAAGUGAA